CACCGACCGCCUGAACUCGGGCCCCUCCUUCUCCGACUUCGUCUCCGGCGACGCCGCCGCCGACGACACCAUCGCCGACCCGAAUGAAGCGUACGCGCUGAAGACGGCGCUGGUCGGCCCCGCGGGCCGCAAGAAGGAGAUGACGCGGCUGCCGUCGUGGCUGAAGACGCCGAUCCCGGACUCGAAGAACUACCAGCGGCUGAAGAAGGAUCUGCGGGGGUUGAACCUGCACACGGUGUGCGAGGAGGCGCGGUGCCCGAACAUCUCGGACUGCUGGGGGGGCGGCGACAAGGCGGCGGCGACGGCGACGAUCAUGCUGAUGGGCGACACGUGCACGCGGGGGUGCCGGUUCUGCAGCGUGAAGACGCAGCGGCGGCCGCCGCCGCUGGACCCGCACGAGCCCGAGAACACGGCCGAGGCGAUCAGCCGCUGGGGGCUAGGGUACGUGGUGCUCACGAGCGUCGACCGCGACGACCUGGCCGACGGCGGCGCCCGCCACUUCGCCGAGACCGUCCUCAAGAUCAAGACCAAGGCCCCCAGUAUUUUGGUGGAAUGUCUGACCGGCGACUACAUGGGCGAUCUGGAGAUGGUCAAGCUGGUCGCCCGCUCCGGGCUGGACGUCUACGCCCACAACGUCGAGACCGUCGAGGCCCUCACCCCCUUCGUCCGCGACCGCCGCGCCACCUUCCAGCAGAGUCUGCGCGUCCUGGACGCCGCCAAGCAGGCCCGCCCCGACCUCAUCACCAAGACCUCCUUGAUGCUCGGCUUCGGCGAGACCGAUGACCAGAUCGCCGAUGCCCUGCGCCAGCUGCGCGCCGUGAAUGUGGAUGUCGUCACGUUCGGCCAGUACAUGCGCCCCACCAAGAGACAUAUGGCCGUCCACGAGUAUGUCACGCCCGAUCGCUUCGAGAUGUGGCGCCAGAAGGCCCUGGAGAUGGGCUUCUUGUACUGUGCGUCCGGCCCGUUGGUCCGCAGCAGUUAUAAGGCUGGUGAGGCGUUCAUCGAGAAUGUCCUGAAGAAGAGGCGCGCCGGGGGUACGGUGGGCGCCGAGCCCGUCGAGAAGAAGGUCCCCGUUGACGAGUUCGCUCGGUAAAUCAGCAGCGUCUCGUUUCUUUCUUGUGUGUGUGCUUUGGUAUAUCGGUUUCCUCCGGCGUAGGGUUAGCAUGAUCUGUUUUCGGUCUCGGUUUCACGUUCGACUAUUCUGGUAUCUGGUUUCCAUACGGGGUGUGAUGUGCUAUGCUACUACUACUUUCUUCAUAGACCCUAAAACUUCAAUCCCGGCUGAGCGGCUGAUGGGGUUCAAUCAAACAUAAUUUCCAAACAUGUAUGUUCAUUUCAAUGAGAUAUUGUCAACGUAUCAACAAGCUAUCAAAUCGAGCAUUAUGACUCGC